CUCAAAUGUGGAGAAAAGACAUGGCAACCCUGUCAAAGCAACACUGAUACUCCACGUCAAGUUUCGGGGUCGUAUUUACAUUGCCGUAGUUUCUCCUGGUAUUUAUAUUAUGUUUUGUGGUAAAGUCAAAGUCAGCCUUCCAAGGAUAGAGUAUAUGAAAUCUGAAAAUUGACUUGUUGCGCCCUCCACCCACUGGAGGUUGACUCGCAUGCUGCUACGUUAAAAAUCUGUUAUCUGCUCAUUCAUGACUGACGUUUGAUGCGGUUAGAUGGAGCCACAUCUAGAUUCUAGCAUGGUAGCAUGUGAUUCUAACCAAAGACUUUCAUCUAGUUUUACCGCACAUUUUUAUAGGGGUUUCACAUUUUUUUGGGUUCGUGUUUCCGUGAAUUGUGGCUUGCAACCCUGCAAUAAACCUAUGAUCUCAAAUCGCAUUAAACCAAUGCUUUGAAAUGAUUUCUAAUAAGAUUUUGUACCCCACUCGGAUUUGUCUGCAACAAGUGAAUAGGGUUUUGAUUAAACAUUUUUCCCAUGAUGUCGAACCACCGAGGAUUGAAAAAACAAUCAACAGUGUUCAGUUACUUGGAAGAGUAGGCGCAGACCCCCAGAGAAAAGGUAGUGAGGAACGACCUGUUGCAAUAUUUUCUCUGGCAACACAUACAAAUUACAGAUAUGAAACUGGAGAAUUCCUACAACGAACAGAGUGGCAUAGAGUUAUAUGCUUCAAACCAGGCUUACGGGAAACAAUAUUAAAUUACCUUAAAAAGGGACAGAGGGUUCAUGUGACUGGUAGAAUAACUUAUGGCGAGAUGAAAGGUGAAGAUGGCAGGUCCAAGACUACAACAGCAAUCGCAGCAGAAGAUGUCAUUUUUUUCCAAUCCCCACAAUAGGAUUUAGAUAAGAUUAAUGCAGAUUUUGUAGUUCAACUUUUAGAGUACAAUGUAUUUUUCCUACUGUAAUAUUGUUUUUCUUUUUCGUACAGAAAGUGUGUUAUUUACAACUACAUGUGAACUGGAAUGGUAUAGUGUAUUUGAAUGAAACUAUUAGAUUGCAGUUAAUUAGUUGGUAAUCAAACUCUUGAGAGUGCGCUGUAGUAGGAUCUGCAACAUCAGCUUCUCUGUGUAAAAUUUCACAACCAUCUAGGUAAAAGCACAAAGUUGCAGUACAUGCUCUUUUGCAAUGCCAAUAACUAUCCUAUAUUAACACUGAUAAAAAGAUUUGCUUUCAUUCAGUGUAAACUGCUUUUUGCAUUCUACAAAAGUCUGGUGCACUGGAACUGUAUGGAAACCCAAGCAUUUUUAUAUGUUUUCUCAGAAAAUUGCGAAUUCUUAAGUACCAUGGCGGGGUCAAAUUUGACCCUCCACGUUUGUCAAGUGUCAAGGUUCGCUACCGAAAUAUAUGUGGCGCGCUGCGCGCGUUCUGCUAAUCUUCGACCGGCAGGUGAUUUAUCGAUCCACUAAAAUUCCAUUAAUUUAUCUGUUACCACUGCAGAGUUAGGCACACGUAGGGUCAAAUUUGACCCGCUUAUGGUAUAGUGUUUCUAGUGCAAUUAGCGAGUAAUUUGAUAUGGCGGGGUGUAAUGGCAAUAUACGCGCUCUGACACAGAAAGAACUUGAAAUCAUGCCCGCACGAAGACGUUAUUCAUAAGUUGUGUUGAAAAGUAAGGUCAAAAACAUGCUUGCCAUUUUUUAGAUACUAAAUCUAAAUCAAUUUUUUUUUAUUUAAGGUAGUAGCUAGGAUACCUAAGAUUCACCACUGACUAUAAGAAAACUAAAAAUUUUUAUAAUUUUCCUUAUAAUUUUAGAAAGUGUACAUCUUUGUUAAUUUGACUGUAUAAAUAACUUUUUUAAAAAUUAUAACUAUAUUCGUUUUUUUAUAAAAAUGCAAAACUAGUUGAAAAAAAAAUAACAUCAAGGUAAAAAAUUUUAUUUUUUAUGUAAAAAAAAACAAAGGUGUCAAAUUUGACCCUGACGUGGUAUACAUGUUACUGUUUUUAGCCAUGGUAGUUAAGGUUUAAUGCGAAGUGUCAAGAACUGUCAAAUUGGCGGCGUAAGUCUUAGCGGCUGAUAGUAUACACUUGCUUCCUGACUACCGACUAGGAUAUCGUGGAAGACAAAUCGCAUGAUUGCUUCUUCUACCUAUUUCGGAUCGUUGAGUAUGUGGCUCCCAUAACAAAAACUAAAGGGUGGUAAUUGUAUUGAAUGUAUGUAUUAUACUUUUAUUUCUAAUACAUAAUACUGAACAAUAAAGGCGAGACAUUAUUGUGACGUCGCGUCAACGCAUAUGCCAUCACGCAAAUACAGAUAUCAAAUUCAAAAUUGAUGGAUUCACAAAAGCAUGGGGGUCUAAGGUACCUAUACUAUAUUGGAAGUACAUAUUUUUGCGUCAGCUAGAUUCCAAGUAUCGUGAGUUAUCGUUAUAGCUUGUCAGUUCACGCGACUUGACAAUUAUGUGUUCCCGUCUUAACAUUAUCAGUGCUAACUGCUAUAAUAAUUUAUAAUAACAUGCCAAUAUCUCGAAUGGAUAUAGAAUAUAACGAAAUAAUGCCACAUCGUCAUAUACAGUGAUACAGGUCCCUAAAGGAUACUGCCAGAAGUCGGUUUUUCUCAAAUAAGUUUUAAACGACAUUGUGGAGUUAGAAAGAUUAAUAACUGGUUGUGGACUCGCAUGAUGAUAUCCAUGGAAAACAAUUCGCUU